AUGAUUUGUGCACUGCCGAUUCUGAAUUUGGGGUGCACCACUGGGGAGCCUCGUUAUGGUAACGGUUUGGGCGGCAGUGGGGACGUUGGUCGGCCUGUUCAGUGGGACCCAACUAGAGGCCCGCUGGCGCCUGCGAGGGAUGACUCCACACCCAACGGUAAUAUCCAAGUCGGAAAUGGCGCAGCUUUUAGGAGCAGCAGUAGCAGUGCAAGCAGUAAUAGUAGUAGUAGUAGUAAUAGUAGUAGUAGCAGCAGCAGCUGUCUGUGUCGCGCCUGUGAUGAUGAGGAUUCGCAGUCUGCACUCCUUCAUGUAUCGUAA